UACCUCUCGGACAAAUCAAAGCGGCAGCAAGCAAAGUGUACGGAGGGCGUCCGUGAGCGCAGGUAGUACGGCUGAAGGCUGCCAAUCGACGAGGAUGGCGCGCGCUCCAGCAGGAGAGAGGAAGCAAGGCGAGUAUCGCCGCCAAGUCGAGGUCUUAGCCCUCGUUCUUCAAGCUCUCAGGACCCUACAAGGCGGCCAAGCUCCCGCCAUCAACGACAGCGACAUAAUCAAUGCCAGCUUAGUCGACUACAAGGCCCAUAUCCUGGUCACUACCGUAUACAGAACAUCCGUUACCGUGGACAAGGCUCGUCAAGUCAUCCACGCCAAUGCCGAGCUCCUCCAACAAGAGAAACCUCCCUUUUACGUCAACCUGACCGAAGCAAUCAAGGACGGAAUGAGCAAGAGCGAGAUUUGCUCUGGUAUCAAGAGACAGGAUUACUGGAACAACCUCAGAGGCGGUCUAAAGCUCAGAGGACGCGACUUCGAGAUCGACGCCAACGUGAAUCAUCAAGCCGUCCAGUUUCUGCGUGCCCUCGAGAUCGAAGGCGCCAAUCCUGCCAUGCACGCUGAACAGGGGGAACCUGGGCCGUCGAACGGGCAAUCCUCUUCGUCAAUCCCAACUUGCUCCCCAUCAUCCAUCUCCAUGACCGACUGCCUGCGAGCAACCAAGGCAAAUGAAAAUGAUCUCGUCAAGAGCUACUGUCCCAGCCUUGGCUGCAACUUCAAAGCAUCCAAUUUUGCCGAAGCGCUCUACCACUGGCUCAAAUCAUGCAAAGUCAUCAAGACCGACUAUCUCUGGUGUGGCUUCUGUUGUCAAUUCCUGCUACGCCCACCUGUGCGCAAGGGGCAGCUCGCCACACAAAUGACUUCGUCCCAGCUCAAGAAGGUCGAGGCUCCUUAUGUCGCUCAUGCCCGCGAGUGCUCAUCGCGCUGGGCGGGCAAUGAGGGAUGGACGACGGCCCUGGGCGCAGGUCUGGAGUACCAUGUGCCCCGUAGCCGUAAGAACCCAAAGACAGAAGCAGAGAUGGAAAAGAUGGAACAGCGCUACAUCAAGGAGCGCGGUGCCCGUCCUUGCUGCUACUCAGUCCCCAACUUCUUCCUCGAUAUCGUUGAGAAGAAGCUGGUGGGUCCUUCAGCUUUGGACUCGUCAUCACUGAAGCGCAAGACGUUGCCAGAAGGGGUCAAUGAGACGGUCAUCUACCACUUUUGUCCGGACUGCACCACCGCGUGCGACAUCGAGGCUCGAGCCUUCUGCAUCCAUCGCCGGGCAAACGGGCUCGCCCAGCAUUAUCAGGAUCAUCUGCUGCGUCGAGUGACUUUGCAAGGCAAUAGCCAUACUCGUGCACUCGUCCUCGACCCUUACUACCCGACCUGGAAGUGUACCUACCCUCGAUGCGACUUUGAGGCUGCAGAUGUCGUGCAGCGAGUCAACCACCUCUCCGUUGAGCAUGGUAUCCCCUUGCUUGUGGAUUAUCGCGGCCUCCCUCAUCCUGGAGAGCAGGUAGAGGAGGGUCACGAGUUAAAGAAGUGGUCAGUUGAGAGGAUGGAGCAGCCGUGCAGUGAGCUCUUCUUGACAUUGGGCCUGCAGGAGAUGAGGAAGAAGGGGAAGGUGACGGCUUGGGAAGGCUUGGAGAGUGAUGUGGGGGAGGACGAGGGGGAGGACAGCGAGUGAGGCUGCUUGCAGUACUAGACUCACACCAGAUUUGUCGUGUUCAUCGUCAUCAGCUAUACCCUUCAAUGCAAUUCAUCCCUCGAUCCCAC